GCGAAGAGAUGAGAAGCCAGGAGAAGAAGAAAGGCCGGGCGAGAGAGCGACAGAGAGAACAAAGUCGGGCGCAGAAGAGAGAGAUAAGGACGGGUGAAGAGGCGGAAAGUGAGACAGAGAGCUAGAGGAGGGGGGCAGAGAGAUAAAGAUAGCUGAAAGGAGGGAGAUCCGUCAGCGUUUGUUUCCUCAGGAUGUGGUUACCACGACGACGAAUGAGCUUGAGAGGCAACAUCCCUCCCCGCUGGUCCUCUGUGACACCUGCAAGUGUGUGUGUGUGCGCGUGUGUGUGUGUGUGUUUCAAUAACCGAGUGAGUAAACGUGUGAAACGAGCCAUCGUACUGUAUGUGAUGGAUGAGUCUAUGUGUGUGUGUGUGUGUGUGUGCGUCCAUUUUGCUUUAGAUAUGUGUGACAGACUGUGUGUGUACGUAAGUGCAUGUGUGUUUGUGUGUGUGUGUGUGUGGAGUCAACAAACAUACACACAAAAGUGAGAGAGUGAGUGACAGAGAGAGAGAGAGAGAGAGAGAGAGAGAGAAGGACUGUGUGAAAGGUACAAAAUCUGAAGGGGGAAAUAAUUAGACAAACGCUGGAGACAGCAGAGAAGAAGAGAGCGAAGCAGACAGGUGUCAGAGAGGACGAUGGAGAACACCAGAAGAACAACUAGCACCCGAAAACAUGAACAACAGACGGCCAACAUGUGUGAAAAGGAAAUUAAGCGCCAAGGACUGGCACUAUAGCUUCACCCAGCGAGCCAUCAUGGACGACCGUUCAUCCACACAAUCCUUCCCCAACCUCCACCAGCACCACCAUCGCCACCGGCAACCCUUUCACAUCACCUUGCCCGGCCUUCAAAGCCCGGAUCUGGGAUACCCUUCUCCGCAGCCGGCCCUGGACCCUCUGGAGCAAUAUGGAAGCAGAGUGGAAGAAUCCCCGACGUCCUACCCGACUUCAAGCCCCUCCUCUGGGGGGAGGAGGACGAGCACGGGUGGUGACAGAGGCUUGCUGAACACCAGUGUGAGCGGUUUUGAUGGAAAUGCUAACAUGGGCGGCCAGCGUGACGGAGAGAGCGGGAUAGGCAGCCAUUUUGCCGACGCUUGGUAUGGCAGCAGCAAAAAAGAGGACAUCUGGGAGGACGGGGAGAGUUGUGAAAGCAUCGCAGAGGACUUUUACAGUAAAGGGGAUUGCUACGGCAACACAAAUGAUGUUUUUUACCCCAUAAAUUGUGGCAGUGAGGAAGGAGUCAGGCGUGAACUCAGAGCAAACUAUAACCAUGUAGGCUACGAAGCUAAAAGUGAAACGGUUUACAACAGGGAGGCUAACACCAGCCUCUUUACCAAACAGUCUACUUCCUACAACAGAAAUGCGGUGGGAAGCUUUAGCGACAGCAGUGUAGAGUACUGUAGGACUGACUCGAGAGUGAGUGAUAAUUAUCUCGGAAGAGAAGAGGAUUAUGGGUCCAGCUGUGGCUCCGGUGAGGAUCAGCUUCAGCCAGCAGAUGUUGAGGGACCCUGGCUCAGCGUUUCCCCCUCGAGUCAGACCGCAGAGAGCAGGUGGACUCACCUGGCUUCACCAAUCAGCAUCGGCAGCGGGACCUACACUCAGAAACUGGACUCCUUCUCCGAGGCCUUCCUCUCCCACCGGAAGAGAAGAUUCCCCGUGUUUCCCAGUUUGGAUUCCUCGGGACAGGUGUGGGAUUUCGGACAGUUCCCUGGUCUGGUGAAGAAGUCGAGGCACAGCUGUGCUUUUGAUUCAGACGCCCACCUGCCUCCGUCCUCCUCCUCCUCACCCACGCAGCCCUCUCUGGCGUCUUUCCCCUCUCCUCCCACAUCAUCUCACCUCGCGUCUUCUGUUCUCAGUCCUCCUCCCACACCUUUACCUCCUCCCUCCCACUCACCCUCCAAAAUGGACUCUCCCAUUGCAGUUGUCGGCACCGGGCAUUCAGUGUCCCAGGGGGGAGAAUCGGUCCAGUUUUUCACAUCCCGCCUUCAGUCUCUGCCGUCCAUCCACUCCUCUGGGAUGAUAUGGAAGUUUCCACUCCUGGCACACAGAUUUUCACAGUCGUCAGACGACCACAGCAACAUCGAGGGCAACUAUGGCAACAUCACAGCCUCGCAAAACAUCGUUCAGUCUCCAGAGUCGCCAUUCCUCACUUCCCUCCAUCCACCCAGCACCACCUGCCCCUCCAGCACUCCGUCCCUGCAUCCCUCCUUCCAUCUUCCCUCUCAUCCUUCACACCGUUAUGAGGCAUCAGAAAAGAUAACUCCUUACAUGGUGAGCCAGAAAGUCAAGAACGGAUCAGCCAAUCAGAGCCAGCAACACCUACAGCAACAAGUGCCCCAGAUCUACACUGGAACUCCAUUUCCCAGCAUGCUUCACUCCAGCAGGGGUCAGAAGAGGGGCCGCUACACUCCUCGACCCCUGCUUAAUCCUGCACGCAGGGGGAGCGGGCUGUACUCCUCCCUCUCAUCUCUCCAUCGCAGAGGGGAGGAGGCAGCGUGUGGAGGAGAAGACGAUCAGGGCAGCGUGUCGCCGUGUAUCAACGUGGGCCGUGACUUCCAGGCAGAGAUUCCUCCAUGCUCUGCAGGUGGAGAGGGCUCAGGUGUGUGGUCGCCUGAGGAGGAAUCUCCUCGGGAACAGUUGCUCUGGAAACCGUGGGACAAGCUGGAGGAGAGCACCGACUCAGAGAACCUCGUGGAGAAGCUGCUGUUCAUGUGUAGUUCUAGCUGUCUGCCAGGAGGGGGCAGUAACACCGAGCUGGCUCUGCACUGUCUGCACUACUGUCAGGGGAACACAAUGUUCACCUCAGAACCACUGCAUGCCUCAUCCCUCUCUUCUCCACCUUCUCCAUCCCUCUCUCCUGUGCAGGCCACUCUGGAGAUGCUGCUGUUCUCACAGCCGUCGCCCACCGGAGACUACCACUACUCUGGCAGUGAAUCAUGGACCGACAGUGAAAAGAGUCUCUUCAGUGCAGCUCUGGAAACUUGUGGAAAAGAGUUUUCACUCAUACAGAAAAUGGUGAGGACGAAGACGGUGGGCCAGUGCGUCGAGUUUUUCUACCUGAGCAAGAAGCUCCAGGACAAGCAGAAGAAACAGAAGGAGGAGGAGAACAGAGACGGAGAGAUGCAGCAGCAGAAAAGUGUAACGCCCACCUGUCAACCAGUGAGCAGGCAGUUUGGACUGGAGGAGGCGGUUCCUGUGCCCCCAUUGGCUAGUUUCUUCCCCUGCAAGCUGUGUGGCAAAAUGUUCUACAAAAUCAAGUCCCGAAACGCUCACAUGAAGAUCCACCGCCAGCCUCAGGAGGACUGGACCGACCGGCGGCUGCAGCAGCAGUUCCUCACCCAGCGUCUGGCUCUCAGUCGUCCCAGCAGCCUCAUGCCGACCCCAGGCAGUGCUCUGCUGCAGCCCCAGGCUCCAGCUCGGACCUUUUCCUCCCCUGGCCUCCCUGGAACGCAGAGCAAUGCAGACAAUGUCCUCAAUUCUGUAACCAGUAGCAACGGCAUCCCUCCCAGCAAUGCCAGUGUCCUAGAUCCCGGCACCGUGGUAACAUAUAGCAACAUCGCUGUGUCAAACUCUCAUGUAAUCACUAAUAAUGAUGGCGGAGACUCAAAUCAAAGAGAGCCCGCCACUGUCUUACCUUUCCACCCGUCGUGGGGCUCAUUCGGACAGGACCCUGCUGCCUUCUACUGCAACGUGGAGGGGAAAGACGCUGUCGGAGCUGGAACAGUGGGAGGAAAAGAGCCGGUCAGCUGGCAGUAGUGUUUAACCCUCUCAGAAGCAUUACUACUACAGAGGCCUGACACUCACCACACUCUCUAUUAAGUCAAACUGAAGUUGAGUUCAAACUGCCGUGCUUUUUUCAAACAUAUCUUAAGAAAACCUUCUUUUUCAUGUUUUUGUUGUAAAAUGUGUAAUCAAAUGUUUUGCAUAUUCAAAUGUUUAUAAAGUUGACAUUUGAAUAAAAAUGUAAACCUUAAA